AAUCCAAGAGCUCAAAACCUAUUUACGGUGGUUGCUUCUUUACCAAGAACUUGGGGUCUUGCGUCCAGAGUGCAUGGAAGGGUCUUGGAUGGGACUUUUGUGCAAUUUCUCUUUCAAUCUGAGGCUGACCUUAACUCAGUACAAAGAAGAGCUCCGUUGGUUUUUAAUAAUUGGUUAGUGGCUUCACAGAGAUGGGUGGAUAGACCUACUGCUGAUUUUCUGACUACAAUAGACUUAUGUGUGCAAAUCAGAGGUAUUCCCCUUCAGUAUAUUUGUACUGGAACUAUUACUUUGAUAGCUGAAAGACUAGGGGAAAUAAUUCUGGUUGAUUUUCAAGAAGCUACUACUUCUCAGAUAGCUUACAUAAUGGUCAGAAUUAGGAUUGGUAUCUCAGACAGGAUUAGUUUUUUUCAAAGAAUACGUUUUGAGGAAGGAGAAACUGCCUUAAUACGUUUUCAAUAUGAGCGCCUGAGACGAAUUUGUAGUAACUGCUUAAGGAUCACUCAUCACAGGUUUUUCUGUCCUUAUCGUCAACCUUUACAAGGUGUAAGGAUUGAUGGUGGUACGGAUUCAGGUUCGGGACAGGAAAGAGUUGCUUGGAGAGAUAACAUCCAUAGAUCAGACAUGAAUUCUCAAUCCCAAAAUUUGGAUAUGUCAUUUCCUCCUCCUGUUUCUCCUCCUCCAAGAGUGGAUAAACCUCCUAUGAAUGCUGAUGAGCUUGCGGCUGCUAUUCCUUACUUUCAUCAUUCCAUUGCAGUACCAAUUCCUCAAUAUGCUUCUAGAGCUCACCAAGGUUCAACUGCUUCCAACAGUCCUCUAGCAAAUCAGGGAUUUCUUUCAAGAGCCUCAAGACACUUUGAAGUUGGGGAAUCUUCUAAGAAAAAUGAAGAGGGAGAAUCUUCUAAGAGGAUAGGAUUGAAUGAAUCUCCUAAGCGCAAAUCCUAUGGAGAUGGUAAAACAGAAAAUGGUAGCAGUAAUCACAAGAAGUUUCAUGAGCCUAAUGAUGGAGGGAUUCUGAAACUUCCAAAGAAAAGAUAAGUCUUAACACUCUAAUAAUUCUGUCAGUCAGUUUUUUGAAAUUGCUGUUAGGUUCUGUGCUUUGAUGCAAGCAGCAAACUGAUGAAUAAGGGGAAAUGAUCCUUGGAACUCUUUUUGGUAGAUCAUUUCCAGAAUUUCAUAGAGAAGUGAAAUCUUUAGUUGUUUUUAUAGACUUGGGUUGAUUAUCAUAUCCAUUCGAUAAUCUGAUGUUGUAUGCUUAAGCAAGUCUUGUAUCGUGUGUUUGUGGAAGCUUCCACUUUUGUAACAGUGAACCUUGUACUUUGAGGUUGUAUAAUAUAUGAUAACAGUUAUGAGAAAAAAAAAAAAAAGUUCCAACGGUACAAUAAGAAUGUGCAUAAAACAAAAUAAAGUUUGGGCUCCCGUAGCCAAUUAUGAUAUGAAUAAAAUAACAUCGCUAGGAGGGGUCGAACAAAGAAUGUAUUAUGUUGCUUAUUAUCCAUGUUUUAUAUGAUUACUAGAUUAAGACCUUCCUAUGGACGGGUUUUAUUUU